CUGUCGGCUUGUGCCAAUCCCAGACUCUCUCCCAAUGGCCAAAACCACCGCUUCCACAGGGAAUAAACAAAACGGCACGACAGCGAUAGUUGCGGCGUGAAGAAGCAGAGUAGUAGCAGAGUGAUGACUCCGGAGGCACCCGGGUUCGUUGAAAAACCAACGUCCGCGUCCACUGUUUUGCUCCGGACCUCCCAGCCCUCCUCGUGUAUAUAAUCUCAUCCCAGCCCCGCUCUCCCUCUCAUCAACACAAGCAUCAAUCAGCCUUCAUCUCAGUUCAUUCACAAUCACAAAGUCCACACUCUACACUCGACAACUACUCUUCAGUCAUCACCUACUUCGGAGUUUCAGACCAGCAGCACAGAGAGAGAUCAUGGCGGGCGCAGCUAAGGCGUCUUGGAUGGUGGCGAUGAGCGUGGGCGCGGUGGAGGCGCUCAAGGACCAGGUCGGCCUCUGCCGCUGGAACUACGCCCUCAAAUCCAUCCAUCGGGCAGCCAAGGCCAGGGCCAACGUCUGCGGCGGCGUCUCGCAGGGCGCCAAGCAGCUUCCAGCCUCUGCUGCGGCGGUGGCGGAGAGGCGGCAAGGGGAGAAGGCCGAGGAAGGGCUGAGGACGGUGAUGUACCUCAGCUGCUGGGGUCCCAAUUAGAAGCUGCCUACUUGGUAGUACUAGCUAGGCGUCUCUGUGUUUGGUACUAUGGCCUGAAACCACGAUGCAGAAACUUGGUACUAGCUGGCUUCCCUUGUAAAAACUAGGAUGAUGAUGAUGACAAAUUUCUGUUACUUCAGUUCAUAUUGCUCCCCUUGUCUGUUUGUUUUUUAGUUCCCUCGAUGAGGAAUAUGCAUUGUUUGCUUUAA